AUGAUAAAACGUGAAGGCCCUCUUCAUGAAUGUAUUCAAAUCUUGUUGCAAUCAUCCAGCACCCAUCAAGAGCACUCUUCUCCGAAUGAACAAUUUUCUACCACCAUCAAUUGGAAUUCUGUUGUUGAACAAUUUCUACGAGAAUAUUCAAGUUGCACAAGAUUUAUUCCCGAUUGCUUUCCUGAUGCACACAUCAAAUCAGAAUUUAUGGAAUUAUUUAAAAAGUUUAUGAUUAGUGACAGCCCACCCAAUAAUCUAGAAAGAAAUUUGUCUGUGUUGAGAUUACUGUUGAGAGAAGUGACUGGAUGUGAACCAGUAUUGAAGUAUGAUGUAUUGGAGUUUAUUACAAAAUUAUUUACGUCCUUGAUGAAUAACAAUGAUUCUACAAGAGAGAUACAACUAUCUUGUAUGAAAUGCUUGCUUAAUUUAGUUCAUCAUUCAUCAUUUUUGAGAACAUGUUUACUUGAAAAUGAAACUUUUAUGAAUUGUCUGGAUGGAGCUGUGAACAAGACCUUCUCUAAAGAACGGAGACUGAAUUAUGAAGAACAUUUCAUGUUUGGAAGACUUUUGUUCUACAUGACAUUUGACAGAGAAAAUGCUGAAAAGUUUGCUGAGAGAAAGCUGUCUGUAGUUGUUACCAUGUUGAACAGUGCAAUGUAUUAUUUUGAAGAUUGGAUACAACACACUCUCAACAAGUUUGGCCAAAUCUAUUUAGAUGAUGUUAAUGAUUUAACAUUCUUGUCCAAUGUGACCAUUUCUAACAGCAUUUCCUUUGUACCAUUUCUACUCUCUUGUAUUGAAGAUAUUUUCAAAUCAUUGUACAACUUGUGUAUUCAUGUGGAAUCAAUGUCAGAUGAAUUUUAUUCAACAACGAUGGACAUGGUUUCUCUCAUUAUGAAGUUUUAUACAAGUAUCACCGUUCAUAUGACUCUCAGAAAAGAUCAUGUUGAUGAUAACACUUUCUAUUACUUGAAAGAAUUUAAGGAGCAAUUGUUGACGCUUAUCAAACAUACAGUUCAAGUUUUCACACAACUUCCACCAUUAUUCAAGAAAAAAUUAUUAUCCAUUGAGAAUACGAAAAGAGUGCCUAACGUCAUGAUUCUAUUCACUCUUGUGAGCGAUUAUGUUUAUUAUAAUACCAACGAAGAUGUGUAUACCGAUUAUUUAACUCCAAUUGUUGGUGUCUUGGCCAGCUCUCUUACUCUAUCAGAUGAUGAGACACCAACAUUAGGAAAUGAGUGUAAAGCUCUUCUUUGCGAUUGGAUAUUUGAGAAUUCUAAUUGGCCAUUCCCAAAUUUCACACCAUUGAUUCCACAACAAGUUCAAGAAUACAUUUCAUUCAGAGUCGCCAAAUCCAUCAAACCAACGAAACCCAUGAACCAAGAUGAUGACGACGAUGAAAACGACGAGAACAAUGAAGAACAUGAACCAUCUUCAUCGCAGCAACAAGAACCUUACAAAGAUCCACUCGAUGCUCAAGAUCUUGACACAAAACCUCUCAAAUGUUUGUUCAUUGGUCGAAUGAGUGAUUACAAUUAUAAUUUCAAGAGCUUGAUUUGUCACUUUUUAUUCAAGCUCUGUACAGAGGAUGUAGCUACUUUCACCAACCUUUGUGGUACAGGUAAUUGUUUGGGUUAUUUGGCAGAAAGAGGUUUACUUUCUUUCGAUUGA